AUGCCAUCGAUUAAGUCUGACGAUUGUAAAGAAUGUAGAGUGAAGGCCUGUGGAGAGAAAUUCAAGACAAGGCAUGAAUACAACGGGAGAAGACACAUGUUAGUACAUCUGCCAAAGGGAGAUAAGUAUAAUGAGGCACUUGAGGCGUUUGUCAAAAGCCAGAUUAGACAAGCUGGUAACAACUUCGAAGAUGUCGUCAGUGAAGAUGAUGAUAUGGAAUCUGUGAUACCACCGGUUAAUUUAGUCACCCACACAUCAACACCUAUAUUAAAAGAUGCUGUGGAAUGUAAAGUGACAGACAAAGUCGUUUCUGGUAGUGAUGGAGAGACUAAAUCUUACUCAGUCAUUCCAAGAUGGGCACAAGAAGUCUCCACAUACAAGGUUAAAGGACAGAAGAAGACUCUUCAGAGACACACCACAUAUUAUCAGACCAUUUUCUGGCCUAAAGAUUUGCCUCCACCACCGCCAAUUGAAGUAGCAGAAGAGAAACGACUAAGACAAGCUGUAAGAACAACGGGAGAGGAUGAUUGA